AUGAUAUCCAAGGGACAGAAGCGCAAACUCCAUGAUGAUGUCGUGGGGGGCAUGCGUAGCGCCACUUGGGAGAGCCAGCGGCAGUCAGUGCUGGCCAUCUCCCUCCACAAGUACCACCACGGGCAGGAGCUGGUGGAGCCUAGUUUGCGCCGCUCCGUGUUGAUAGCCAACACCCUGCAGCAGAUACUCUUAGAAAACAAGCCUCCAUAUGGGUUAGUUAACCUGGCAGGACCAGUGCCAUCCAUGGUCCCAUCUAACCCCUGCAUCCACAGGGAGUCUGGUCUAGGUGUUGUAAACAGUGCCUCAGGUGUCGAGGAUAUGGAGGAGGUCUGGAUGUCCUCAGAGAGUGACUUCUCCCUGUCAGCUGCUGUCUCCUCCAUCCUGAAAGAACUAGACUUGACUGUCGAUGGAGGGCCAGGGCCUCAGGCACCUCAGAGGACACCUUUCAUGUCCAUUGAGAACCUACCUGGAGACCUGGGGCUCAAACAGGCCCCCACGGGGCACUGGAGCUCUGAGUGGCGCCCUGAGGGGUCUAGAACCUCAGAGGGGGUGGCUUUUGGUAGUGUGGAGGAGGUCAUGCGUUCCAGCUACCUGCAGGAUGUGAAACUGGAUGAACUUUUCCAUGACAUUGACACGUCUGUGUUUGACAGGGAGAUGGGGGUCCGAGCACUCUCUUCUGCAGCCAGUGACGAGCUGCUUAAGUACUUACCCCCUCUGUCCUCCGUUCCGUCCACUUCACCCUCUCCCUUCUCCCUCAACCAGAGCUUCAGGGACCUGAAUGAGCUGGAGCACAUCAUGGAAAUACUGGUAGAGUCUUGA